AACAUGUUCAAAGAUAACUUUACACAGUACAGCUAUUUUUAUGGCCAAGACUGGUGUGCUUCAAAGAACACAUAAGAAAGUUGCUAGGCUGUAUGGUAAAUGUGAGUAGUAAUAGUAGUGUGAAUUUCCUGAUAAUAGGAACAUACUGUUGUGUUUCUGACAUCCUGAAUUUUAACAUUUCUUGAUUCAAGAAAUGAUCAUAAUGUGAAGUGAGUGUGAAAAUCAUAAUUGUUACCACAGUCAAACCUUGUGGUAGUUGAUAACGAUCCUAGUAAUCAAGUAAAACAAAUUUACUGUAAGGAUUUUAAUCAAGCUUAAAGAGCCUAUUGCAAGUAGGAAUGGCGUACCACUGCCUGCACUGGUUCCCCCUGGCCUUGGUCGUCUUGCUGCCUCUGACGUUCGUCAUCACGUACACCUGGUCAGUGCUAUUGGGUGAUGUUGUCCCAGGCUUCCCGUACAUCAGCGACACUGGUACCAACCCUCCAGUCAGCUGUGUCUUUUCACAAUUGCUCAAUGUGGCAGCUGUACUUCUGGGCGUGUGCAUAUACCUGCGCUACCGCCAAGUGGCAGAGCUGAUCGGGGCCAGCGAACGGCAGCAGAGGUCUGCAACCACGAUCAACGCGGUGACCGGGUGCCUCGGGGCAGCAGCCAGCGCGGGGCUGUCCCUCGUCGCCAACUUCCAGGAGUCCAACGUGGGGGUCGUGCACGCCAUAGGCGCUGACGUGACCUUCAUCGGCGGUGCCCUCUACUUCUGCCUGCAGACGUGGUUAUCGUACAGCCUGAGGUCUGCUGUGGUUGGUCGAUUCACCCUGUACCUGCAGGGCUGCAUGUCCUGCCUGUGUAUUCUGUGCGCCGCCACAACCAUUGCCUCUGGUAGCGUUGCCAGGAGCCAGUUCCACGGCGUGGCGACCAUCAAGUGGGGCCCGGACGACGGGGGCUGGGGACCACACCUCCUCAGCACGAUCAGCGAGUGGCUGCUCGCCGUUCUGUUUGCGUCGUUCUUCGUCUCGUACGUGCGCGAGUUCAGCUACUUGAGCAUGGAGCCUCCGCAGUUCCAGCUGCACUUCAAGUCAGCGUCAUGAUGCGUACGGGAGCGGCGCUCAGUAACGUCAGCUAUCUCAACGUGCAGCAUGUUAGCUACUUACUCGUUAAAGAGAACGCCUUAAAAAGCAAUUUUUUGUGGAUUAAAGUUGCCGUAGCCAAACUCAGACCAAAUCCUUAACAUUUUUCAAGAAAAAAAUUGGUUAGAUACUACACUGUCUCUCAUCUUUGAUUUGCAGUGUGCAUUUUUGAUGGGCAGUUACUCUUUUCCCAGUGCACAAUAUCUGCUAUUAGUGCUGUCCUUGUUUUGGUGUGCUCUGCUGCCAGAUGUAUCCAAAGAGCACAAAAUUUUUAUACACGACUAUAAUGUAAUGAAAAAUUUUUUUUAAUGCACAUAAAAAAUUUGGAAUAACAAUUUUGUAAAUUUAUUUCAUCUGAUAAUAUCCAGUUCUCACUUUUGAGAAAAUGUAACUGAUGACACCAUUUUGGUUUCAACGGUCUAUAUCAUCAAUAUAUUUUAGUUUAAUUUGAUAUUAUAUAUUUUGUUUCUGUUUGUCCACAGCACAUAGUUAAUGGAAAGCCUUGUUAUCAACAGUGAUCGACAGCUACAAACUUGUUUAUUCUGUAAUAUUCAGUGUCAAAAGACACUAUUUUAUGGUCGUAGAAAAAUCAACAAAUAGUAAAAUUUCAAAAUAAGCAAAAUAAGAAUUUUUAUGAUAACAACUCAAGUAGUAUAAAUCUGGCAACGGUGGGCACCACUUGCUCUGAACUCCAAUCCAAGCAUGAGUCCGACUAUAGUUAUAGGUACUGUAAAAGAACAAAGAGUGAAGCAUGUUUGUGAAUUUGCAGUGAUAUUUACUUAAGCAUCAUGCUUAAUAUGUCCAUAUUUCUAAUAUUAAAAUGUGUAUUAUAACUCUUCUAAAUAAAAUGUUAUUUGUAAGCUUUUCAUUAGCAGAUUUACCCAAAUAAGGCUAGCUGACACAGCUUUCUGUGAAUUGCUCACCGACACAGCUUUCUGUGAAUUGCUCACCAUGUAUGGACCACAAUCUAGUGCUCAAGAACUGGUAAGUAGUGAGUAUAGUCACAAGUGAUACUGUAAUAUCCUUCACCUUGAACAGAACUUAUUUAUAAAAGAACUAUGCAAUUAGCAUUUUGUAAGGUGUCAACCAGGCUCUAUUUUAGUGGGAAUUUAUUUAUGCUUUUGGGGACAGGAAUGAAUGACAGUUCACAGUUAAUUUAAAGUGUUCAUAUUUACUGGUUUCCAUUACUAUAUCCUUUUAUAUAAAAGUUCACAUAAAAUUUUAUUUCCAGCCCAUUAAUAUUUAUAAAUUUAUUUAAGAGUAAU